AUGAUAGAGUCAUGCAUAGCUCGCUCACACAUGCACAACUUCAGCGAGAUCAUUCUCCAACGCCCUAACCAAAUUCUCGAAAUACUUCCUAGUCACCACCGUCAGAUCCCCCAGCCUCGUCCGAAACCCCUGAAAACCCUCCACUCGACACCCAGCCGACAGAUACUCCCCCAACUCCUUCUCCACACACCCAUGCAGCCUCUCGAGCGCCGACUCAGCCUCCCCCUGAAUAUACCCAAACAGCCCCAGCUUACGGGACCCACUUUCCGCCAGAUAAUAUCCAUAAGCAUAACUCCACUUGAGCACUCGCCGGCACUCAACCACUUGCUCCCACGCAUCCACCACGAACUUGAGUUGAGCCUUAGUCUCCCCUUGCAUGAUCAUCAGCCGCUCCAAAUGCUCUUUGCUCGCCGUUUUAAGAUCCGAAAGCGCCCGCUUCCUCGACUUGUCGUUCGAGUCGAACCUCUCGAAAUAGUGCGAGUACAUCUCCAAGUGAUUCUUUGCUCGUUUUCUCAUCUGCUCCUCCGGAUUUUCCUUGCUCGUCUUAACAUACAUGUUGCACGAGGCCGAGCAGUGGUCCCUCCAGGGCCCGAGGCAGAGCCAGCAGAACUGAAACUCGCAAGGCGCGCGGCAAGUCAUGUGGUUGCAGCCCUGGUUUUUCUCGAUUGCCUUCCGGCACAUGGGGCAGGGCUUGGUAUAGGCAAGUAUCCAAUUCGUGUUCUCGGCCUCGGAAUUAUUUUUUUCCGCCCAUCUGGCGACAGCCUGGCAGUCGAUAGGGCUGUGGCUCUCGUCCCCACAUUUGAAACAGAGCUUAUAGCCACAGUCGCAAACGGCCUCAUAGCUUGCCCUGUUAUCAGGGCUGAUAAAUUCCACCACGUUAUCACAGUUGGGGUUCACGAGGGAAUUGCAACCGGGCUCGGGGCAGGAAAGCCUAAGGCAGCCCGGCCCGUCACCGAUUGCGAGGCGGAUGUAGGUGGACCAGCAGUCGGAGCAGAAGGGGUGGCCGCAGGUGGAGGAGAGCAUUGUGCGAUUGUACUCCUCGGUACAGAUCUUGCAAGCGUGGGGUGGGGGUGUUUGGGGAUUGGGGAUUUGGUGGUGGGCGGUGGAAAUCCACGAGUCGUAGGCGGCGUUGAGGCUCCAAUUGUUGAGGGAGAGGAGAGAGGAGGCGGCGGGCCUGGAGACGGAGAGGACGCUGGUGACCUCGGAGAUGGCGGUGUCUUGGAGGUGUUUGAUUUGAUCCUCUUUGAGGAUGUUGUAGGGUUUGAGGUUGGGUUCGACUGUAUCGUCAUCGUCAUCGUCGUCCUCGCUGUAGGACUUGUAAUAUUCGUCAUCGUCGGAGUCCAUGGAAUCCAUCCAAGUGAAGGGGAAAGUGUAGCUUGUGAUCAUAGGAUUAGGGUUUCAUGGACUCCUAAAGUCGGAUGA